UUAAGCAGACUAUAUAUUACAGGAUAUCUGCUGAAGUUACUCAGUUUAAAGAGGGAAUAAAUCAAGUUUUCGGACUCUGGGAUAUCAUGGCAUCCCAUCCAGAAGUGUGCCUGCCAUUGCUAAGCCGUGCACCAGAGCCGUUAACAAGAACCACGCUGAGAGAUUUAUUUGAGCCGGUUUACAGUGUGGCCGGUAGCAACAAUCGUGCGCAAGAAGAGGAAACGGUGUAUGCGUGGGAGGCAUUUCUUCAGGAUAUUGAAGACAAAGAAGUUCCAGUAAGUUUUGAAGAUUUGCUGGUAUUUGUGACUGGGGCAGAGAAGAUUCCUCCCUGCGGAUUUGCCACGAAACUUUACAUUGAGUUUUACUCAAAUGAGGUUGGCUAACAGAGAUUACCAUAUGCAUCCACCUGUACACUACCAAUUUCCUUGCCAAGAGGGAUUGCAAGUCCUGAUGAACUAUGGGAGCUUCUUGUGAGAUCACUAAAGGAAUCGCUCGGUUUUGGAAAG